AUGGGACAUAGCAGAGGAUGUGAAAAUGCGACAGCUGUGGCUGCCAGGAACGUAGACAAACUAACCGGCCUAAUGCUGGUGAACCCCACUGGCCUUCGCCUUCAUCGAGGAUUGCGGCCUUUUUGGGUGAUCAGGUUUCUGCUAUGGCUGGAUUCACUUGGAUCCAUAGCCAGGAAAAUAUUGCAUCCACUUCUGAAAUUUUGUAAGUUUCUCGAUUUUACAACAAUAUCAUUGGUCUAUUACGUUGAUUCUGGUGAACGGGCAAUGAUGUGUGUUCGAACGAUGUCUCACCUUGAACUCGCAAAAGGCUUACAACCUAAUAUAGACUGUAUUAAUCAAAGCCCCGAUACCCGCGUGCUUAUGGCGUAUUCUGGCAAGGAUUUCCUCAUUGAGACGAGUAUUUCCCGAGAGCUCGCGAAUUCGUUCAAAGGUCAUAAAGAACUGCGUUGUAAGGACAACGAUGAGAUUUCUGAAGAGGAAGCCGUGCGGCAAACACGUGAAUUGCUUUCAAAUGGAGCCAAAGCGGUGUCGAUAAAUUUCGAGAAGAGCGGCCAUUUCCUCCAACGAGAUCGAGCUCGAUAUAUUGCCGAUGCUGUCGAAGCUCUUCUUCAGAGUCGAAUCUAA